UUAAAGGUAAACACCAUCAUUUGUACCAGGUCCAUAGACGUAGAAAUGUAUUCACUUGUUUAACGCCUGUCGAUUUCAACAACUUAUACUAUGACCAGUAUACAAAUCUCGCGUGGACCCACCGUCACCUGUUAAUAAAAAAGAUCUCCAGAAGAACCGUCUAAUCACAAUGAAUUACAACGAAAGACAGAGUCCGCAAUCAAAAUGGGAUAAUCAAGAGGCUUAUUAUCAUUGGUACCCACUUUUAUCAAUUAUUGCAAGCAAAGAAUUGUUCGGUGACCAACUAAGCGCUGUCGGUCGACUGCUAAUCAGCGUAUCGGUCAGUCACGCUGAUUUUGAAGUCUAUGACGCCACAGGUUUAACAGUAACUGAAAUGGUGGCCAGCAGUAUAGACGACAGUGUGAACAGUAACAACACAGCAUGUCUGAAUACGAUCUGGACACGAGAUUUGAGGUUGAUGAUUUCGGCGAAUAUUGCCGACAAGAAGUCGAAAUCCAGCAAUAUCAGUUUGAGCGUUCAAAAAGAAGAAGAUUUUAGUGAAAUCGACUCUCAAAAUGACCGCUUGGGUAACAAAGAAUAAUGUAUUAUACCAGGGGCAAACAGAUGCCAUACACGACCCAAUAAUCGGUCAAUCACCAAUAAAGGUAUAUUAGUUAUGUGUUGACCAUUUCUUCCUCGUUACUAUAAAAGGAACACGGCAUCAAUAUUUCUUUUAAUAAAAUAAUGUGCUAUUUUAUUCGCAAAUUAAUAUUCAAAUAAGCAUACCACAAAAAUACAACAGUUCUGGAUACUCUGG